UAUGAACUAGCGGGAGGGAGGGCACCCUAGUUUCCUAUUGGGGGUACCGUUGGGCGUGCGUCGCGAGAGGGAGAGAUUGAACCCUUUUGGCCUAUUGGCGGGAAUUGGACAGCCACCCCCACGCCCCCAGGGAGCAGAGGUUUUUGAGAUCCCCGCCAUUGAUCAGAACAAACGUGGGGACACAGCAAUCUCCUGGCAAACUGCUUCCGCCUCCACAACCCGUUUCUGGCCUCCGAGCCUUCCGUGAGAUGUUACUGUGGCUUCUGCUGCUGCCCGUGUGCUGGGCCGUGGAGGUCAAGCGGCCCCGGGGCGUCUCCCUCACCAACCAUCACUUCUAUGACAAGGCCAAGCCCUUCACUUGCCUGGAUGGCUCAGCCACCAUACCUUUUGAUCAGGUCAACGAUGACUACUGUGACUGCAAAGAUGGCUCUGACGAGCCAGGCACAGCCGCCUGUCCCAACGGCAGCUUCCACUGCACCAACACUGGCUACAAGCCCCUGUACAUCCCCUCCAGAUGGGUCAACGACGCAGUUUGUGACUGCUGUGAUGGGACAGACGAGUACAACAGCGGCAUCGUCUGUGAGGACACCUGUAGAGAGAAGGGCCGCAAGGAGAGAGAGACUUUGCAGCAAAUGGCAGAGGUUACCCGCGAGGGGUUCCGCCUAAAGAAGAUCCUUAUAGAAGAUUGGAAGAAGGCUCGGGAGGAGAAGCAGAAAAAGCUCACUGAGCUACAGGAUGGGAAGAAAUCCCUGGAAGACCAGGUGGAGAUGCUGCGCAUGUUGAAGGAAGAGGCUGAGAAGCCAGAGAAGGAGGCCAAAGACCAGCACCAGAAGCUGUGGGAAGAGCAGCUGGCUGCCUCCAAGGCCCAGCGGGAGCAGGAGCUGGCGGCCAACGCCUUCCAGGAGCUGGAUGACGACAAGGACGGAGCGGUUUCAACGGCUGAGCUGCAGACCCACCCGGAGCUGGACACUGACGGGGAUGGGGCGCUGUCAGAAGGAGAAGCCCAGGCGCUUCUCGGGGGAGACACGGAGGUGGAAGCUGCUGCCUUCCUCGACCGCGUUUGGGCUGCCGUCCGGGACAAGUACAGGUCUGAGGUGCUGCCCACUGAGCCGCCCUCGCCCUCUGCGCCUGACCCGACGGAGCCCAGGGAGGAGCAGCCCCCAGCGCAGUCCCCACCCACAGAGGAGGGCGACCAGGACGAGGACGAGACAGAGGAGGAGGAGGAGGAGGAGGCAGAGGAGGUGGAGGACUCCCAGGAGGCCCCGCCCCCCCUGGUGCCCCCGCAGCUCGCAGCCAGCCCCGCCGACGAGGACAGGACGCCCCCCUACGACGAGCAGACGCAGGCUCUCAUCGACGCCGCCCAGGAAGCCCGCAACAAAUUCGAGGAGGCUGAGCGGUCCUUGAAGGACAUGGAGGAGUCCAUCAGGAACCUGGAGCAGGAGAUUUCCUUUGAUUUUGGCCCCCACGGGGAGUUCGCCUACCUGUACAGCCAGUGCUACGAGCUCACCACCAAUGAGUAUGUCUACCGGCUCUGCCCAUUCAAGCUUGUCUCACAGAAACCCAAACUCGGCGGCUCCCCCACCAACCUCGGCACGUGGGGCUUAUGGGCUGGCCCUGACCAUGACAAGUUCAGCGCCAUGAAGUACGAGCAGGGCACCGGCUGCUGGCAGGGCCCCAACCGCUCCACCACCGUGCGCCUGCUGUGUGGGAAGGAGACAGUCGUGACCAGCACCACAGAGCCCAGUCGCUGUGAGUAUCUCAUGGAGCUGAUGACACCGGCCGCCUGCCCGGAGCCGCCACCUGAACCUCCCACUGACGGCGACCACGACGAGCUCUAGCCCCACCAGGCACAGGUGGGCGUGGAGGUGGGGUGCCUGCCUCAAUUUGGGGUGCAGCUUUGUCCGAGGGAGACAGACCCAGGCCCGUGCUGCUUCUCCGCCCGCCUGUCUAAUUUGGUUUCUCUGACCCAGAAUCUCAAAGGCAUGGAAAGACCUCUCAGUCUGUGGACCAGGGCCCGCCCCUCGGGGUCUCCUCGCCUUCCCUGUGGGUGCAGGAACCAUGUGGGACUCUGUGCCCUGCUCUCGAGGGGCCAGGCGGGUCACAGCCACGUACCCAGGCCCCAGCAGCCUCCAAAGACGGAAUAACAGAGCUCACCCUCGCUGGGUCCCUGACCUGCCUCCUGCCCAGGCAUCUGCCUCCCUGGCCUGUGGGGGAAAGUGAAUUGACCUGUGACCUCAAAACAAUAAAAGUGAUCCCCCUAA